GAAAAUAUAAGGCAAAGUAUAAUUCUAUUAUCUAAAAUGGUGAAUCAAAUGUCAAAUUACCUCCUCUCUUUGAUGCUGGUUCUUUUUGUAGUAGGUCAAGUGACAGUGAAAGGAUCAGAAACGUGCUCACAAUUUAUUGCUGGUUGUCUUGACACACCAUCAUGUGAUUCUUAUUGCAAAGAGCAGUAUAGUGAUGGAAAUGGAAUUUGUGCCAAUGAAAGAUGCAUUUGUAAUUUCACUUGUGGAGGGAAGCCAGGUAAAAAAGCACCAAAAAGGGAUUGUGAGGUUAAUCUUGGUUUUUGUGAUAACGGUGGUAGCCCUAGUUGCAAUGACAAAUGUUCUAGUAGAUACCAAGCUGGUACUGGGUAUUGUGAUGCUAGUAUUGACCCACGUUUUGCUACAUGUACCUGCCUAUAUGUUUGUUAACUCAUUCAUUUCAUGAUGGGUGUUUAAUGCAUCUACUCUUGGGAUCAUAGAUGUAUUUGAGUUUACAUCACCUAUUUUUUUAAAUAAGAAAUAAGUAUAUGUCAUGAUUAAGAUGUUUAUGUCAUGAUCGUUGAAAUAAAUAUAAGUUCUUUUGCCUAUCUUUCUGU